AUGGGAGGCGUCAUCAAUCUGAUGUUCCCAAUAGGCUCUCUCUUCCCGACCUUCACACUGGACCGCACCGGCCGGCGGAAACCCAUGAUGUGGGGCUCUCUCGGGCUCGGCUUAUCCAUGAUGAUGAUAGCCAUCCUCUUGAGCUUCCGGUCUGAAGGAGGCGACGUGUCGCAGGCCACUGCAUCUGCUAGUGUCGCUUUCUUCUUCACUUACAUGCUGGCGUUUGGUAUGACAAUGAACUGCAUUCCUUGGGUCUAUGUACCCGAGAUCCUACCGCUACAUGUACGAGCGAAAGGGACAGCUGUCGGGAUCUCAGCAAACUGGAUUUGGAACUUCUUCGUCGUUAUGGUCACGCCUACACUUCUCGAUAGCUUGGCGUGGAAGGGUUACCUUAUCUUCAUGGCACUGAAUUUUGCGUUCAUACCACUGAUCUAUUUCUGUUAUCCCGAGACUGCUAAUCUUACGCUGGAAGAGGUCGACUGGCUAUUUUACGAAGGCGAUGUCGUGAAGCGAAGCCGACGUAUUGCGAAGGAAGGAUGGGAACAAGCGGUUGGCACCGAUCCUGCGACUAUGGUGGAGACGGGUAGUGUGUCCAGCGGUAAUAAGGCCGGACAUACGACGGAAAAGGCAGAGCACACUGUACUGUAG